AUGGAAGGUUGCAAUCCAAUCUCGACACCAAUGGAGCCAGGAGCCAAGCUUUCAAAAUUUGAUGGGGGGGAACGUGUCGAAGCAAACAAAUUUCGAAGCUUGGUCGGAAGUCUUCGAUAUCUCACAUGUACUAGACCAGAUCUUUCUCUAAGUGUCGGAAUCUUGAGUCGAUUUAUGGAAGAACCAGUUCACUCACACUGGAAAGCUUUGAAGAGAAUUCUUCGUUAUAUCCAAGGAACUGUGUCACUUGGAAUGUUUUACUCAAAAGCAGAAGAUUACAAGCUAACAGGUUACUCCGACAGCGAUUGGUGUGGAGAUAUAGACGAUCGAAAAAGUACAUCAGGAUAUGUAUUCUUUAUGGGAAACACUGCUUUCACAUGGCUCUCAAGGAAGCAACCAAUUGUAACACUGUCAACAUGCGAAGCAGAAUACGUGGCUGCAUCAUGGUGUGUAUGCCAUGCUAUAUGGCUUAGAAGAUUGUUAUGUGAGUUAGAGCAGAAGCAGGAAAAUGCAACCAUAGUACAAGUCGACAACAAAUCAGCAAUCGAACUGGCGAAGAAUCCAGUGAAUCAUGAAAGAAGUAAACACAUCGACGUACGUUUUCAUUUCAUUCGAGAACAUGUGAAAAAUGGAAGCGUCGAACUGAAGCAUGUGGCAAGCAAGGAUCAAGCUGCAGAUAUUUUCACAAAACCAUUGUCGAAGGAGAUAUUCGACAGAGGCAAGAUAAUGCUGGGAUUAAUUGACCGAAGGAGCAUUUAA